CAUAGAGACCAAACAAAGAUGGCUGCUGGGAUGGAGGACAUGGAUCUUUUUACCCAGGAGCUAAUGAAAGGUAUUAUGGACAAAGCAACAGAUCACCAUGAUGAAGCAGCAAAGAUAAAAACAGCAGUGAAUGUCACAGAAAGUCGUAGUCAAACAUCAAUUACACUUGCUGAACAACUAGAAGAGAGGCUGAAAAAAUUGGAUACAGAUCCUUUUGAUGAAGACGAGGCUGAACUACGUUUUCUGCACUCUAAGCCAACAUGUUUUGUGUUGAUUGGAAAACCAGGGGCAGGGAAAACAGCAUUAGGUAGAAGAUUGGCAGCAGAAUGGAAAUGUGAAUUUGUGCAUGCUACAGACAUCAUAAUGCAAGCCAUAGAAAUGCAAACUGAAAGAGGAAAUAUAGUGUCUGAAAUUUUACUGAGAGGAGAAGCAAUACCAGAGGAGAUUGUUGCCAAAAUGAUUGAAGAAAAAAUCAAUUCCAUGGAAGUGGCACACCAUGGGUAUAUUUUAGAUGGGUUUCCAUCUCUUUCGGAAGAAUACAUGAGUUUAAAGGAUCAACUUGAAUUGGUCAGAAACUGGAAAAUGAAACCAGACUUUAUUAUCAACCUUAAAAUGCCUGACAAAGAUUUAGAGCGGAGACGUUUGGGUCAGCGUGUAGAUCCUGUCACAGGGGAAAUCUACACGCAGGAAAUGUAUGCCCCUGACAAACCAAAAGAGGAAAAGAAAGAAGAAGGCGAGGAAGAAGAAGAGGAGGAGGCAGAAGAGGAAGAGGAAGAAACAGCAGAAGGGGGUGAGGAACAUGCAGAGGAGCUGCCACCAGAGUUGAUAGAGAGACUUAUCAAGAGACCUGAAGACAUGUCUCCUGCCGUGCAGGAAAAUAUAAAGAAAUAUAAGAGUAACAUGCUCAGGAUAUUAGAGGAUUACAUGGCAGAUCAUGACCAACAAAAUGUUAUAGAACUAGACCCCAACCUCCCAGUCAAUAUGUUAUUCAAACAGCUUAUGAUGAGGCUCCAGUGUUUCCCCAUACGCCCUGCUGCUGUGCCUAUACGCCUACAAGACAACGAGGAGGAGGAACUACCUGAGGACAUGGAAACUGAUGAACUGUUGAGAACAUUGGCACCAAAACAGAUGGUAGCACCAAGGUUCCGCUGGCGCCGUUCUCGCUGGUUGAGAAAUUGUCCUGUGGCCCUCCAUGAUGGAAACAUUGCUGCAGGGAAACCAGAAUAUGCUGUAUCAUUUCUUGACAAGAUGUACCUGAUGUCAUCUUCUGAUGCUAUGGGGAAAUUCCUGAAGAACCCCCGACCCUACCUGCUACCACCUCAGCCCAGACCACCUUGUAAAUUCAGUGUAACAGGUCCUCCACUGUCUGGAAAAACAACAAUGUGUAACUUACUAGCACAGAAAUAUGGCGCAAAGGUCUUGAACAUAGAUGAGCUGAUACAGCCAAAAAUAGACGAGGAAAAGAAAAAGAUUUUAGACCAGGCCAAAGAAGAGGCUCUAGAGAAUGCUAUAUCUGUAGUCAGGAAAAAGCUACAAGAUGCACAGGAAGCCUCUACUAUCACAACAACAGCAGAAGAAUCCAAAGAUGAAAAAGAAGAAACAGCUUCAGACAAAGGGGAAGACACUGUUGCUGAGGGAGAAGGAGAGAAGGGAGAAGAAGAAAAGGGAGAAGAAGGAGAAAAAGCUGAGGGUGAAGAGAAAAAGGAAGAAGAAGAGGGAGAAAAGAAAGAGGAAGAAGAAAAGAAAGAUGAAGAGGAAAAGAAAGACGAAGGGGAUAUGGGUGAUAAGGCUGAUGACACAGACACAAACACAGAGGGUGGAUUAACAGAACAGUUGCCCACUGAGCCAACACCCUCGGUCACUUCAAAGUCCAGCAAGACCCCUCUCCCUCCAAUAGAGGUUGACGCCACUCACCCAGAGGUGGUAGAAAUGGUGGAAGCAGCAUUGAAGGAAGCAGAGAGCCAACCUAUUGUGCUGAACCCAGAGGUCUAUGUGGAAGUUAUAGAUGAGGCAAUAAGAGAGACUGAGAGGGAGAUGUAUAAGAAUGACCGUGAUGGACCACAGUAUGGUGGGUGGAUUUUAGAUAACUUUCCACGCUCCCGUGACCAGUGGAUGGCCAUGAUUGACAAGAAUAUUCUCCCAGAUGAUGUCAUAGCCUUGAAGGACAGCAGUGAUAAUGGGGACUUCCUCAUCCGCAGGUGGUACAAGAUGAACAAAGCUCAAGUAGACAUGCAAAUUGCAGAGAGAAAGGCCAAAGAAAGUGCAGAAAAAGCAAGACAGGCAGAGGAACAAAGGCGUAAGCUUGAAGAAGAGAAGCGUUUAGCUGAGGAGGAAGAAAGGAAACGUAAAGAAGAAGAGCGUAGGAAAAAGAUCGAGGCUGGAGAAGAAAUCCCAGAAGAGUCGGAAACAGUAAAUGAAACAGACACUGGUGAAAUAGCUGGUGAGCCAGCUGAGACAGAGGGAGAAAAAGUACCUGAAAGUGAAGGUCAGACUGAAAAGAUUGAAGCUGGCGAAGGUCUGGAAAAAAUUGAAGAAAGUCAGGAAAAAAUUGAAGAGCCAGAAGAGAAAGAAGCUGAGAAGGAGGAGGCAGUAACUGAAAAAGCAGAAACUGUCCCUCCCACCCCCACUAUUGAUCAGUCUGCAGAAGGUACAGGCACCACCCCUGCCACUCUGCACUGCUAUAGUUCCUCAGUGGCAGAUCCAGGUUGUGUCACAGUGGAUACUGGCCCCUUCUUAAGCUUUGAAGGUGCCCCCUUCCCCCACUUCCUCCUUAGCAAAAUCCUGGAUCUGCCAGUGUCCAUGAAACCACUACGUGAAUUUUUUAACCUUGCAGAAGGGGAUGUGGGUGAUAAGGCUGAUGACACAGACACAAACACAGAGGGUGGAUUAACAGAACAGCUGCCCACUGAGCCAACACCCUCGGUCACUUCAAAGUCCAGCAAGACCCCUCUCCCUCCAAUAGAGGUUGACGCCACUCACCCAGAGGUGGUAGAAAUGGUGGAAGCAGCAUUGAAGGAAGCAGAGAGCCAACCUAUUGUGCUGAACCCAGAGGUCUAUGUGGAAGUUAUAGAUGAGGCAAUAAGAGAGACUGAGAGGGAGAUGUACAAGAAUGACCGUGAUGGACCACAGUAUGGUGGGUGGAUUUUAGAUAACUUUCCACGCUCCCGUGACCAGUGGAUGGCUAUGAUUGACAAGAAUAUUCUCCCAGAUGAUGUCAUAGCCUUGAAGGACAGCAGUGACAAUGGGGACUUCCUCAUCCGCAGGUGGUACAAGAUGAACAAAGCUCAAGUAGACAUGCAAAUUGCAGAGAGAAAGGCCAAAGAAAGUGCAGAAAAAGCAAGACAGGCAGAAGAACAAAGGCGUAAGCUUGAAGAAGAGAAGCGUUUAGCUGAGGAGGAAGAAAGGAAACGUAAAGAAGAAGAGCGUAGGAAAAAGAUUGAGGCUGGAGAAGAAAUCCCAGAAGAGUUGGAAACAGUUAAUGAAACAGACACUGGUGAAAUAGCUGGUGAGCCAGCUGAGACAGGUGAAUCAGACAGACAGUCUGUUCAAGAGGGAGAAAAAGUACCUGAAAGUGAAGGUCAGACUGAAAAGAUUGAAGCUGGCGAAGGUCUGGAAAAAAUUGAAGAAAGUCAGGAAAAAAUUGAAGAGCCAGAAGAGAAAGAAGCUGAGAAGGAGGAGGCAGUAACUGAAAAAGCAGAAACUGUCCCUCCCACCCCCACUAUUGAUCAGUCUGCAGAAGCAGAAGAAGAGAUCAAGGAUUAUUCAAUCAUUAAUCUGGACCCCAUGCCACCAGAUGGUCCUGAGGUUGAUGCUCAAAGAGAGAAACGUAAGGAUUUUGACCGUGAGUGGCCUGCCAUGUCUGGAAUCAUCACAGGCAGUACAGCUGUGGAACCAGUUAUGGUAGAGAUUGAGGUCCGUAAGGAGGAAGAAAUCUUUGAAGAAGUAUUGAAAAAUUUAGAACAUCGGUUCAAAUACCAGGGCUGGGAAUACACUGGAAUGGACAUAGAUGAGGAGGAAGAGGACCUUGAGAAUGAUACAGGAGAUGGUGAGGUGGAGGAAGAGGAGGAAGAGGGAGAGGAAGAAGAUCCCAACCGCAACAAGAAGAAGCCCUUGGGAGACACCAACCACUUCUGUCCUGUCAGUUUGAAAGAGAAGUUUGUGCUGUGGCCAGGUAACCCAGAGUGUGCAGCCAAGUACAGGGAGAAGGUCUACUACCUGGCAAAUGAUGAGGCCAGAGUCAAGUUUUUGGAGAGUCCCGAGGAAUAUUUACCCCACCAGAAGCCACUCAAUUCCCCACCUAUCCGUCUCUUGAUACUGGGACCAAAAGGCGCUGGUAAAAGUCUACAUGGGCGCCACCUAGCAAAGAAAAUGGGUCUGUUCCACAUAGACUUCAAGGAAAGGCUGCAAGAACUGAUCAUUGCCAAAACAAAGAGAAAGAUUGGGCCAGACUAUGAGGAUGAUAAAGAAGAAGAAGAGGAGGAGGAAGAAGAGGAGGAAGAGACAGAGGGCGCUGGAAUCACUGCUCCAGAUGGAACUGCUGUACCUGUAGAGGAGAAGAAGGAGGAGGAAGCAGGAGAGGAAGCAAAGGAGGAAGAACAGGAGGUAGAAUUCACAGAGGAUGAAGAGGCAAUCAAAGCCUAUUUGGAGAGUGAGGAAAGUCUGCCCUCUGAUGUCCUGGAGAAGAUUGUACCUGACUGGUGGAACAAAGAACCAUUCAAGAACACAGGUUUCAUAAUGGAGGGCUUCCCAAGGACAGAGGAUGAGGCUCGCUGGCUGGCAGAAAUGGGUCUGUUCCCUGAUGCAGCAGUCAUUCUCCUGGUUGAAGAUGGGGAUGUUUUUGCCAGGCUGCUACCUCCGAAGCUGGACAAAUGGAGAAUCAAAAGAGAUAAGAGAAUAGCAAAGAAGCUGAAGAAGAAAGAGAAAGCCAAAAAGAAAAGGGAAGCUGAGAUUGCAAAGAGGCGAGCAGAGCUAGUGAAGGAGCGUGAGGAGAAAAAGGCAGAGAGAAAGGCCCAGAAAGGUGGUGGUGAUACAGAUGAGUCUGAGGCUGAGGAGGAGGAAGAAGAAGAGGAGGAUGAAGAGGAGGAGGACAUUGAUGCAAUCUUGGCAGAAGAAUUUGAGGAAGAGGAGGAGGAGGAGGAAGAUGAGGAGGAGCUAGAGGAAGAUGCCAGAGAUAGAAUUAAAAAUGAGAUGGCAGAAGUGUAUGAUAAUGAUGUCAACAGGCUGGAAGCUGCACAGGCUGCAUUGGAGGAAGCCAUGAUACCACGGUUGGAGAUAGAAGGGGGACGUAAGCCACACAUAGUGAGAUACCUCCUAUCCAAGAAGCUGAAGCCCUAUGUGACCAGUAGGCAUAGCAUGUUUGAGCGGUGUUAUUCCAUCAAUGAAAAGUUGGCCAUCAAGAUGCUAACAAUGGGAUACAAACACCCAAGUAGAUUUGGACGCUGGGAUCCAGUGCAGCUGAAGGAUGGGGAGUGCAUCCAGCCAAUGCAGGGACCAGGUUACAACCUAUAUCCCUGUAUCUACAGGCAGCACAUCUAUUUCUUUGCUGACACAGACAACAGGGAUGCCUUCAUGCAGGACCCCAUGUCCUACCUGUCCCAGCCCUCACCCAAACCUGUGGUGCCUAUCAGGAUGGCCAUCACUGGACCACCCAAGUCUGGGAAAACCACAGUGGCUAAGAGGUUUGCUGAGAUAUAUGGCUGUAUGAGACUGUCCAUUGGAGAGGCUAUAAGAAAUGUGCUUGACCAUCAGCCCAAGAGUGAAUUAUCACGCAGCAUCAAGGCACAUCUGACCAAAGGUUUAACUGUCCCAGAUGAGCUGGCUGUCCAGGCACUGGACGUCACUCUGCUGGACGUCAGGUGUUCAACCAGAGGUUAUGUCUUGGAUGGCUUCCCUAUAACCAAGAAGCAGGUUGACCUAAUGACAGAGAGGAAUAUUAUCCCAGUGAGAGUGUUUGAACUGCAGAUAGACAGCAUGGAGGCUAUGGUCAGGGGGACCAAGGACAGGAUGUCACCACAAAGGACCUUGCCCCUGCACGACAGUGCACAGAUCUUAACAAUGAAGCUGGGUAACUGGCAGAAAGAGUUCCCAGCAGUGCGGGAAUGGUACCAGAAAGAACAUAAGAACUGGCUGUGUGUGGAAGGAAACCGGUCCAAGUGGUGGGUGUGGAAUAAAGCUCUGGACACUGCCAGGGACAGCAUUAAAAAGAUACAGACUUAUUUGCAGAGGAUAACAGAUGGUAAAGCUGCAGUAAUUGGGGACAUGUGUAUCACACCCAGUGAGUUCUUGGAGAGGCUAGGUGACUUUGACCAGUACUGCCCAGUCCGGCUGGCUGAUGAUGGAGAACUGGUGGACUGUACUGAUAUGGAAACUCUGGAGUUCUCUGCAGAAUUCAGAGGACACUAUUACAAGAUGUGUGGCAAAGAAGAAUUGGCCAAAUUCUUGGCUGAGCCAGAGAGGUAUGUGCCUCCCAUGGCACCUCGUAAACUGCCUGCAAAGAACAUGUUACCUAGGCGUAGAACAGCAGCAGACGUCAAAGCAGCCUUCCCAAAACAGGUGCAGAUACAGGGGUACUGUCCUGUCACCUAUUUGGAUGGGAAGUGCAGAUAUGAAGCCCUUAUCCAAGGAAACCCAGAGCUUGUGGUAGAAUACAGAGAACAAUUUUAUUACUUUGAAUCAGAAGAGAAACUGGAUAAGUUUAUGAGGUUACCAGAGAAGUACUGGAACCUGACCCUCCCCCACAAGCUUCCACCCCCCAGGACUGCCAUGCCUACCCAGGGGCUCCCCAUGCUGGGUUACCUGGAGCAGAGUGUGGCCACUGCUAUUACCAAGGCUCUCACAGCAGUGGGUUGUUUUAAACCCAAAUAUCCUUUCCUCAGCCCCACAAGAUCAGCACUCAUCUAUACAGCAUAUCAUCUGAAAGCAUACAACCCAAAAAGCUCAGAAUAUGUGAGGAAAAAGUACAAGCAGAAACUGAUGAAGUUUGAAGAGACUUGUGAAAUGAUCAAGUACCUAGGAGACACUAUGACAGUCAAGUACAAAGAGCCAGAAGCCAGACCCCUGGGCUUUGAUCACAGACUUGAACAGUUCUUAGCACUCAAAGGAAUUGAGCCUACACCUACCUGGCUUGCCUAAGUACAUGUAUGUCAGCUAAGGAUGAAGGCUACCUUAUUACUUGAGGCUUGUUUGCAAAUUUUUUUCUUUUUGAUUAUUGGGACAGUAUGUGUAUAAAAAAGAUAACCUUAAAAAAUGGGCUCUCUUGUGAAAGAAGAACUUGCUAUGGAUUCGGUUUCGUUUACAGCAAUACAUAUGUUUGGUUCUUACAACAGGCUGUUUACAAUGGAAACAAUAUCAAAUAAUGCUUUUGUCAGUCUGAUAUGUGUCAGUUUGUUGACAUUGUAUCAAAACAAAUUUUAACCUCAAAUAAUGUCUAUUCCAACCCAAAAGUUCCUUUCCAUAUCAAGCAAUUGAACUGUGAUGAAAAAUGCAUUUUAAUACAGGGCCUAUUUAUGAAAUUGUAUUUUAUUUUGUAAAUACGUAAAACUAGCAUUCCGUCCUUUUCAAUCCGUUCCUUCUUUUUAAUGAUAUUUGUUACAAAGAAAAUAGUGUACAUUGUGUGUAUAUAUAUUUUGUAAAAAUAAAGAUUUCAAUACACUUA